GUUCACACUGAGGAAUCCGGCGUCUACAGCGAAUGGAAUUCUCCUGCCGCCGAAAAUCGCGUAGUUCACACUGCUUGCGGACCGCGCCGCCGGAAAGACAUACAGCGCCAUCUGCCCCAUAAACUGCUAACCUCCAAUCAAGCGCAGGAUAUCCCGGAUGUUCGCGUGGCUCGAAAUUGCGCAGUUGUCUCCGCUCGCGUCGAGUUCGUGUGUUUAUGUUGCGCGUCUCCCCCAUUGCUUGGAAAGACAAUGAUGAACCCCGAGCAAGAAGAGGCAGUACUGCUCGGCCUGUUGGCAAGCACCUUUCUGGCGAUGCAUGACGCGCAGAAGCAUUCGCCGAAGAGACGGCAGCAGCGGCGUUGGUGGGUUCGCCCAGCUCUGCAAGAGCGCGAACAGCUUGGUCACGCCACGCAACUGCUACCCCUCCUGCGAAAUCGCGACGUGGAGUACUACAGAGAAUACCUGAGGAUGCCUCCACGUACUUUCGACACGCUCGUGCAGCUCGUCGGACCACACAUGCGGAAGAAAGAUACGAAUUUCCGAAAAGCGAUCAGUUCCGAGCACCGGCUUGCGCAAACUGUCAGAUUCUUGGCUGCAGGGGAAACGCGCCGCUCAUCUUGUUUUAGCUUCCUAAACGGACGCUCGACAGCCUGUGGCGUUGUGUCGUCGGUGUGCCAGGUGCUGUGGGACGUCCUUGGCCCUUUGUACGUUGCCUGUCCAUCAAGUGCAGAUGAGUGGCUGCGGAUUGCAAGUGAUUUCGAGGAGCGGUGGAACAUGCCCCACUGCGUGGGCGCAAUUGAUGGAAAACAUGUUGCCAUCGAAUAUCCUUCCAAAUCAGGAAGUGAGGACCGGAACUACAAAAACUUUUUCAGUAAAUCUCUGCUUACCAUCAGCGACGCCUGCUACAGAUUUCUGUACGUAGAAAUAGGUCACCAUGGCAGUGACUCAGAUGGUGGUGUGUUCAGCCGAAGUAGGCUACAAGAGGCCAUUCUUUCCAACAAGCAAGGAUUCCCCCAUGAUGCACCAUUGGGCAACGUUGGCAACAUUCCCUUCUACCUGGUGGGAGAUGAAGCGUUUCCCCUUAAGACAUACAUGAUGCGGCCGUAUCCCAGGAAAAGCAAGUUUAACCUUUUCAUUACUUUGCAUGCUCGGUAG